AUGUCUCCCUUGAAAGAUCACAUGCAAAUGCAUGAUUCAAAUCAGAACCAGAACCAGAAUCAAACGUCCAGCAAUAGAUCCCAGCCGCGGCCCAAGUUUCGAGCCUCAUGCGACCCCUGUGCAGCAUCCAAAGUACGCUGCACAAAGGAGCAGAAUGGAUGUUCGCGCUGUGUUCGAAAUGGCCUGAAAUGUGUGUAUGGCCGAUCGCGACGAAAGGGUAAACCACCUUCCAGCAAGAACAGCUGCGCACAAACACAUCAUAGACACUCACAAUUGUCUUCUCCAAUUCCCCCUUUUCCCGGGGCUCCUGCCUCGCCUCCUGGUGUUCCAGCUCCUUCGUCAUCAUGGGCUGCUGGCCAACACCCCGGUCAUCACCGACCCAACUACAACUUCAACUGUCCGUGGUAUCGGUCGCCUAUGUUCCCAACGGCCAGCUACCAGAAUCAAACGCUUGAUACUGCUAUGGCAAUGGAACGGGAAAGAAGGACACCAAACAGCUUGACUCCACACCAAUCGCUACCAGAUGACAAUACUGCCUCACACAUGCCAGUAGACUCGGGAUAUAUAUUAUGGCCUAAUCUGUCGGGCGCAGAUCGCAUAGUGACCGAUAGCGGCGAAGUUGGUACCCUUCCGAGGAAGGCUGUUCCUGAAGACCAUGGCCAUUCAGAUUAUGAUGACAUGGGGGAUGAUGGCGAGGAAAGAGAUCAUGAUGAGAGACACGAGGAGGUAGAGGAGCUAGAGGAUGCGAAUAAAGAUCAGCAUGAACCAUGCAUUACAGUGGCAUGUCGGGUUCUCUCCUCGCUGUACCAAUUCGUGCGCUGCGACUGUGGGAAUGGACACGCAAGCAACAGCGGCGGUGCAUCCACUUCUCGCGACCAGUGCAAACCCCUCACCCCAGAAGAAGCAGCCCCAACAGGUCAUAUUGUAUUUCGCAUGACUCAAUCAGCCACGGAGAUGGUGUCUCGAUUGCUGGAUUGCACAGGGAGUGCCUGCGCCCAGGAUGCUUCCAUGCUUCUGGUUCUAGGCGCGAUUCUCUCCAAAAUUCUCACUUGGUAUCAGGCCCUGUAUCAAUCUGAGAUUGGCAGCCUGCUCCCGUCAGCCCCCUCACUGGCACAACCGAGCGCUAACCCUCCUCGUCCGGCACUCAAAUCCUAUCAUUCGAACAGUAGCCGGACAGGUGAUCAGGUUAAGCUCUCGCCACAGGUCGAUGGGACGGGAGAUUCAAUGUAUGCUGUCCCAUUGACGAUUCCAUUGAGCAUUGUGACAUUCAAUAUCUGCCGCGCCACGGAAACAAAGAUGAAGGCUCAGCUGUUAUUGUGCCAAUUACAAAAUUUACACCAGGUAUGCCAGGGUCUUGAUCGACGGGUCCAGGCUGCUGAGAGUAUGCGGGGAGAGAAGAACCUAUGGGACGGGUCUAAUGCACAGCUCCUAGAGAAGGUGUGCGAAUUGCAACGUGCCUUGACAGUGGUCUGUACCCAGGCGCCGCCGAAGUAG